CUUCUCUGACAGUGUCUCCGGCGCGCCCUUUCCCGGUCUCUGAGCAAAUCGGCGGACAGAAUGGACAGAGCCCGCCGCUCACGCUUGAGGAGGCGAUAGCUCUGGAGACGCGACAGCGUCCAUUGGCUCUGCGCCUCGAAUGUCGCCUCCGGCUCUACUUGGCAGCUCCCGGCGUCUCCUUUGAGGUUCCUGGUCAUCUUCAGUCGGCACGGCGAAAGGACCCGCAGCUCAUCUUUGACUCCUCCCUUGACUUCCCCGCCCUCGCCUCGCCUUCUGCGAAUGCCUUCACCGCUCUUCGGAGCUUCGUGUCGGAGUCAGCAGAACAGGAAUCUCGUAAGUUCUGUGUUUUUCCGGUCUGCGCGCUUUCUUUAAAUCACCCAAGCUCUUCUAAAGCGGAAGCAUGGGCUUUUAUGAGACCACUGUGGGUUAUACAGUGA